UUUAAUCCUUCUUUGUUCUUUCCUUUCCCUCUCCCUCCCCCUUUGCCCCUUCCUAGGAUGCAGGGGCUUUAAUCCAGGAUGAACGAAUGCUACUAUGAUAGACGCAUGGACUUUUUCUAUAACAAGACGAACACUGACACAGUAGAUGAGUGGACAGGCCCAAAGCUUAUUGUUGUUUUGUGUUUUGGGACAUUUUUCUGCCUCUUCAUUUUUGUUUCAAAUUCAUUGGUCAUAGCAGCUGUGAUCAAAAACAAGAGGUUUCAUUUUCCUUUUUACUAUCUCCUGGCCAAUUUAGCUGCUGCAGACUUUUUUGCUGGAAUUGCCUAUGUCUUCUUGAUGUUCAACACUGGCCCAGUGUCUAAGACGUUAACUGUUAACCGCUGGUUUUUGCGUCAGGGUCUUCUGGAUACCAGCCUGACAGCUUCUCUGGUGAAUCUCCUUGUCAUAGCUGUGGAGCGGCACAUGUCAAUAAUGCGGAUGAAGAUCCACAGUAAUCUCACGAAGAAGAGAGUUACCUUUUUAAUUAUAUCAAUUUGGGCCCUUGCUAUUUUUAUGGGUGCUGUUCCUACCCUGGGUUGGAACUGCCUCUGUAACAUUACAGCCUGCUCAUCCCUGGCCCCUAUUUACAGCAGAAGUUACUUGGUGUUCUGGAGUGUCUUAAACCUUGUAGUUUUCUUCAUUAUGGUGGUGGUUUACAUAAGAAUCUACAUGUACGUCCAGAGGAAAACAAAUGUCUUAUCAUCGCACACUAGUGGAUCCAUUAGCCGUAGGAGGACCCCAAUGAAGCUUAUGAAGACAGUCAUGACUCUCUUAGGUGCCUUUGUUGUCUGCUGGACUCCUGGCCUGGUUGUUUUACUCCUUGACGGUCUGAAUUGCACCCACUGUGGGAUUCAGCACGUUAAAAGGUGGUUUCUUCUUCUGGCCUUGUUGAACUCUGUCAUGAAUCCAAUAAUUUAUUCAUACAAAGAUGAUGAGAUGUGGGGCACCAUGAGAAGAAUGAUUUGCUGCUCUUCUGACGAUAAGGGUCAGGACAGACGCUCGUCAUGGAUUCCCUCCACAGUGCUCUGCAAGAGCACAGAUACCACGGGGCAGUACGUUGAAGACGGCAUUAUUCAAGGGACUAUCUGCGGAAAAGGAGAUCUUGGUGACAAAGGAAACUCCUGAGCGACUCAAGGACUGACCUGGCUGAGAAAAGACGGGGGAAGGGAGAAGUUUCGUAAGAGGAGAUUGACUGGCAAAGCUACUGAACAAUGUAUCCACUUUGUUCCCAGAGCCCAAA